AUGAAGAUGCUAUACAAAAUCGUUUGUCUUGGAGAUGGUGGUGUUGGAAAGAAAUAUAACCCAACGAUCGAAGAUUCAUAUCGAAAACAAACUGUCGUAGAUGACCUUCCUUGUGUUCUAGAAGUAUUGGAUACUGCUGGGCAAG